AUGGCCACGUCUGAAAUCCCAGUCUUUGUCUUUAUCCCAGGCGCAUGGCAUGCAGCAGACACAUUCGACGUUGUGCGGGAUCUGAUGCACAAGCGUGGACUUGCAACCGAAGCUAUCUCUACUCCGUCUGUGGGCGCAUUUACUCCAGAUAAGGGGCUACACGCCGAUAUCGAACAUACCCAUGCCGUCCUUAAAGAGAUGGUAGAAGCUGGUCGCCAGAUCAUAGUCGUGAACCAUUCCUAUGGCGGGAUGGUCGGGGCCGGGGCUGUUGAAGGCUUGGGGUACUCGCAGCGGUGCAAAGUCGAUCUUCCGGGCGGCGUCAUCAUGGUAGUGUGGAUGGCUGCAUUUGUGACGCCCAAGGGCAAAUCAUUAAAGGACAUGCUGGGCGGAAUCUUCCCUCCCUGGAUGGUCAUCAAGAGCCCAGAUGACGGUUUCUAUUGGUCCUCUGGAGAAGAGACAAUAUUCUAUAACGACAUGUUCCCUGAAGAGCAGCAGAAGGCGAUUUCCAAAUUGAAGUCGCAGACGCAGAAGUCGUUCCAUGAACCAGCGAAGCAUGAACCUUGGCAUGAGAUACCUAGCAUGUAUCUGUUCUGCGACAAGGAUGGAGCCAUCCCGUUGGCUGGGCAAGAGAGCUUUGCUCAAACUUUGGGCAAUCCAGUGACUUACCAUGUCGAUGGGUCUCACUCCGCGUUUCUGAGCAUGCCUGAAAAGGUGAUUGAUGGGUUGGAGAUUGCGUUGAAGGAAGGCCGCCAGCGGAGUGGGAUUGCCGCCAACUAA